UCCGUGAUGUAAAAAAAAAUCCAAUUUCGGAUAAUGUCUUGUGUUGUUGUUUAUUUACGUACAGUUUUCAAAUUAAUUAAUGAAAAAUUUAUCAUGUGGCGUAGAAUUUAAUCAAUACAGCAGUGCUAUUUUUACAAAUUUCCAAAAUGAUAGACUUUGAAAAAACUUGCCGGACGUGUAUGAAGACGAAGAGUGAUGUUACUCUAAUAAGUUUGUUUGGCCCUCUGAAAAUCGAGGAUAAUUGGUCAUUAAAACUAGUCGAUGUACUGAAGGAAACGAUAACAUUACAGAUAACAGAAGAAGAUGGCCUACCGCAAAAUUUAUGUGAUGAAUGUGUGAAAAAUCUUCAUAUUAUGUACACAUUUCGCAAUCAAGCCCUGAAUUCUGACAAUGAACUUCGUAAAAUAGUUUCAGCAAGUGUUCCUAUAAAAAAUGAAACAGAAGUUGCUUUGAAACAUGAAAGCGAGUUUGAUUAUUCAUACGAUGAGUUUAUAUAUAACAAUACACAUACAACAAAAAUUGAAUCUAGCGAUGAUUUAUCAAUGUACAUUUGCAAUAUAUGCAAUAAAAAGUUUACCAAACGGAAAAGAUUUUUAAAACACCUAACAAAUCAUGAAGACCCAAAAGUUUCUUGUUCUAUUUGUGGCAAAACAUUUCAUAGACAGACAUCUUUAAAUCGACAUUUAAAUAAGCACUGCACAGCCAAUGGUAUAUCCGACAAUCUUUCAAGUAAUACAGUUGCAAAUUUUGGCGUAAAAGUUGAGUAUGAGGGUGAAUUCAAAUGUACGGCAUGUAAUUUUAUAUUUGAAAGUCAGAAUUCUCUCUUACUACAUCUUAAUGAACAUAGAAAUAUUUGUAUAGAUUUAGAGGAACAAUUAUAUGGGUGCAUAAAAUGCUCAAUAAGUUAUUCAAGUUUACAACAGUUAAUGAAUCACUUGGCAAAUCAUAAAGGACAAAGUGAUAUAGAAAGUGAAUUGUUAGAAAUUAGAAAAGAAGUUAAGCAUCACCAAUGCCCAGAAUGUCAUAUGGUAUUCGAAAAGCAAAGGUCAUUAGCAUCCCAUUUGAAGAAACACAAAAUAAAAAUGAGUUUUAAGAGUCAGAAAUUGUAUUACUGCGACCAUUGCAACAAAGGGUUUACUUUAAAGGCACUGUUAAGAAGGCAUAUGAAGUUGCACUGUGGGGAUCGUCCGUAUAAAUGUACUCGAUGUUCAAAAAGUUAUACACGUCAGGAUCAAUUAGUCAUGCAUAUCAGUAAGCAUGACGGUACUAAGCGAUACGCUUGCUCUCAUUGUGAUAAAGCUUUCACCCAACUCUGCAGUUUAAAAGAUCAUGAAAGAACUCACACGGGGGAAACUCCUUUUCUCUGCUCCCAAUGUGGAAAAGGCUUCAGUAACAACUCCAACUUGAGACAGCAUUUGAGACGUCACUCGGGACUGAAGCCGUUUGCUUGUAAUCUUUGCCCUAAAAGCUUUUGUACUAAAGGUCAAAUGAAAUCGCACAUGGACACCCACACAGGAGUUCACCCACACAAAUGCAACGAAUGCGGCGCCAGCUUCACUAAGACGAACUCCUUGAAGAAACAUUCCCUGAUUCAUCUGGGUAUAAAGCCACAUGGGUGCGACAACUGCAGUAUGAGGUUUUCAUCAAAAGAUCAUCUGAAACGUCACCAGCGUAUACACACGGGAGAGAAGCCGUACCGCUGUCCGCACUGUCCGCGCGCGUUCACACAGAGCAACGACUUGGUCAAGCACGUCCGCACGCACCUCGGGCAGAACAUCUACCAAUGCACGGUAUGCCAAGCGAAAUUCCGCCUUAUGAGAGAACUGAAACGCCACUACCCAAUACACUACAUCAACGGUGCAGAACCUACCCCUGUACAGGAAUCACCCCUCGUCGUACUUAAAGGGUGCUCCGAACAAGACAUAGACAAUGAAAUACCGACGGAUAGACAGAUAACUAUAACAUUUAACAGUAACGUAUUAGAUAAAAAUAGUAUUGGCGAUAUAACCAUAAACAUAGAGCCGGGGAAGAUUAGUAAUUAGAAAUAUUUAAAAGCUUGCGCAUUGGGCAGGUCGAGUUCGAAUCCCAGCACACACCUCAAACUUUUCUAAGUUAUGUGCGUUUUAAGUUAUUAAAAUGUCACUUGCUCCAACCUCGUGAGAAACAUCUUGCCUUGCAAACCUGCAUGCCUGAGAGUUCUACAUAAUGUUCUCAAAGGUGUGUCCACCAAUCCGCACUAGGUCAGUGUGGUGGACUACGGCCUUAACCCCUUCUCAUUGUGGGAGUAGACCCGUACUCAGAAGUGGGUCGGUAAUGGGUGGAUGUGAAGACUAAGCGUCUUUGAGUUCUAACGGAUGUCUAAAUUUAAGGCUAGUCCACAUUGGGUACUGUAAUGCAGAUCAUUUUGUCUUUAACCCAUUUUAAAUUCAUUUAUUACUAUCCGCAGCCAAUCAACGUCCCACUGCUGGGUACUGGCAUCCUUUAUCAUACGGGGAGACGGUUUUAGAGCCCACCACGCUGCUCAUUGGUGCGUGGCAAUCUGGCGGGUCUCACUCUCACUGUCUUCCUUGACCUUAAAAAAGAAUAUAUUGGUAAAGAGAUAAUUAGUACUGGGUUAUUAAAACCCUACGUGUUUUAAGCCAAAAGACUCGCGAUGUCGCCUCAUUAUUUAAUUUCUAGACGUGCUACUUCAGAAGUCUCUUUCCGUCGCCCCAAAACCCUGUCCAUUUGUUACAUGCCAAAAUAAAUUUAGUCGCCCCUAUUCCUAAAUUCACUACACCGAAGCUUUUACUCUGCGUCUAUGUAUGCUAUGCCAAAAAUCUAUUUUCGUCGCCCCUACAUUCUGCGUCUACGCGUGCUACGCCAGAAGUCUUGCUUCGUUGAACCUUCCUUAAUAUUGAACUAAUCUGUAUUUUGUUAGGGCCAGUACUGAAGACGAACUUAGAUGGGCUGGCGCGGGCAUUGCCCUGCAACAUAUAUGAAUUUCUGAUAUUUUAUGAGAAUAUUUAAAAAAAAAAAUGAGUUUGUUUUAUAAACUUAUGCAAGCUAAGGACCAAACAUUUUAUGAGGUUUUACCUUAUAAUUCAAUUCAUAAGUUUUAUCGCUCAUUUUAUCUUGAUUUGUUGUAAUAUAAGUUUAAAAUAUACACUGUUAUUUUUUACAGAGAAUCAGUAGGACGAACACUCAAAUCGAAUAACUUAUAUUUUUCAUUAAACCGAAUUUCAGCACCAUUCACUAAGAACUGUUGGCGGUAAUAAUAAAACAAAUAAAAUAACAAUAAAAUAAAAAUUCUUAACAAUAUUUAUUUCAU